GAAAACUGCGGAGCUACCUGGAAGAACUAAAAUCUCCUGAAUUAUGGAAGAACUAGAACAGUUGGAGCACCUUUCGUUGGUGUCGAAGAUCUGCACGGAGCUGGAGAACCAUCUCGGACUGAACGAUAAAGAUUUAGCCCUUCUUCUAAUCUGACCUACAGCGGAAUUCAUCAUUCAUUUGGCUAGGGAACAUCCAACGAUCGAUGCGUUCAAGCGUGAGCUGGCGAAGAAUGGAGCGGAAUUUUCCGAUUCCUUCACGGCGAACCUGCUGCGCAUCAUCCAGCUCAUGCGUUCCGCUGGCGGUGGCAAGGCCGUCGACUUCGAGGAGGAUGACGACCAGUCCAGAGCUUUGGCACACAAAUUUCCCGGACUAGCGAUACCCAACAACCGCAAGGGGUAUUCAUCGGAAGAGGAAGAAAUGGAACCAGAGGAUAAGGAUAAAAAGUUGAGGGAGUCGUCGAAGAAGAAGGAAACGGAGCGCGAUGAGAAGAAAUACGAAAGCGGCCGUGGUGCUAAACGUGAAACACACGAGCGGAAGGGUGACAUAAAGGAACUGAAAAUACGCCCAAGCGAUGCGGUGGACGAUAUGUUUGCCGAACUCGAACAAAUGGCACCCUCAAAGUCCCGGGAACAGCAGGAAGUGGACAACAUGUUUGCCGAGCUGGAAAAUCUGGCACCAUCAAAGGACACGGAAAAGGACGGUGGUGCUGAGACGAAGGGAAGUCGAAGGCGUACCGAGCGGCGCAGUGGUUCGAGAGAAAGACACCGAAAAGGGGAUCGUAGUAGGUCUCGAGAACGUCGAAGAGAGCGUAGCCGGGAUCGGAGCCGUUCUCGCGAACGUCGAAGGAGCCGGAGGUCCCGUUCGAAGGAUCGAAGCAAGCGUCGAAGUCGUACGCGAAGCCGCGAUAGAGGACGCGAUCGCGAAGACCGGGACAGGCAACGUGAUCGUGAUCGCGACCGUGGCCGUGAUCGUCGCUCAAGAAGAAGUCGCACGAGGAGCCGUUCACGGGAGCGAAAUCGUCACCGAAAUCGCAGUGGCUCCGGUGAGAUGGCACCACCACCGGCGGCAAUCGAGCGUCGCCAACGGACACCACCGAUGCCGGAGGAACCGGAAGUGGGCAAAAUCUAUGAUGCACGCGUCGUUAACAUCGUAGCGUUCGGGUGCUUCGUCCAGCUGGUCGGUUUUCGGCGUAAAAAGGAAGGUCUGGUACACAUCUCGCAAUUGUCAACGGAAGGACGUGUCAAUCUAGUUACCGACGUCGUCAACCGUGGGGAUGAUGUGAAGGUAAAGGUGAUGUCCCUGGCCGGUAACAAAAUUUCGCUCAGUAUGAAAGAGGUAGAGCAGUCGACGGGCCGUGAUUUGAAUCCACUUUCGCACGCACACCUCCAGGAGUCGAGCGAUUUGCAGAGCCGCAAUCCCGAUCGUCCCCUUUCCGUACCGUCAAUGUUGAAUCUACAGGAAGGCGGUGCAGGGAUGGUAGAACAGACGGAAGAAAAUUCACGCAAAAAGGUAACGCGCAUCAGCAGCCCUGAGCGGUGGGAAAUCAAGCAAAUGAUCUCAUCCGGUGUGAUCGACCGUUCCGAGAUGCCCGAUUUCGACGAGGAAACCGGACUGCUACCUAAGGACGAGGAUAGUGAGGCGGACAUUGAGAUUGAAAUUGUCGAAGACGAACCACCGUUCCUGCAGGGACACGGUCGUGCGCUGCACGAUCUCUCUCCGGUGCGUAUCGUCAAGAACCCGGACGGAUCGUUGGCACAGGCCGCCAUGAUGCAGACGGCACUGGCGAAGGAACGGCGCGAGCAAAAGAUGCUCCAGCGUGAACAGGAAAUGGAUGCCGUACCGACGACGAUGAAUAAGAACUGGAUCGAUCCGCUACCGGACGAGGACGCGGAGGGAACGAUGGCGUCCAAUACGCGUGGUGUCGGAAUGUCAACGCAGGACGUGCCCGAGUGGAAAAAGGCCAUCAUCGGAGGGAAGAAAAGUUCGUUUGGUCGCAAAACGGACAUGAGCCUGGUGGAGCAACGUCAAUCGCUGCCAAUCUACAAACUGCGCGACGAUCUGAUCAAAGCAGUCAACGACAACCAGAUACUGAUCGUCAUCGGUGAGACAGGGUCGGGCAAAACGACCCAAAUCACGCAAUACCUGGCCGAGAGUGGAUUUAUUGCGCGCGGAAAGAUCGGUUGCACCCAGCCCAGGCGUGUGGCGGCCAUGUCGGUAGCGAAGCGUGUUGCGGAAGAGUACGGUUGUCGGUUGGGACAGGAGGUGGGCUACACGAUUCGAUUCGAGGACUGUACGAGCCAGGAAACGGUCAUCAAGUACAUGACGGACGGUAUGUUGUUGCGCGAGUGUUUGGUUGAUUCCGAUCUUAAAUCCUACUCCGUCAUUAUGCUGGACGAGGCUCACGAGCGUACGAUCCACACGGAUGUGAUGUUUGGGUUACUGAAACAAGCCGUCCAGAAGCGACCGGAACUGAAAUUGAUCGUCACCUCGGCUACCCUGGAUGCGGUCAAGUUCUCGCAGUACUUUUUCGAGGCACCUAUCUUCACGAUCCCGGGUCGUACAUUCCCGGUGGAGAUCCUGUACACGAAGGAACCGGAAACGGACUAUCUGGACGCAUCGCUCAUCACCGUGAUGCAGAUUCAUCUCCGUGAACCACCGGGUGAUGUGCUGCUUUUCCUCACCGGUCAGGAAGAGAUCGAUACGGCUUGCGAAAUAUUGUACGAGCGCAUGAAAUCACUCGGUCCGGAUGUACCGGAGCUGAUCAUUUUGCCCGUUUAUUCCGCCCUCCCUUCGGAGAUGCAAACGCGUAUCUUUGAUCCCGCACCACCAGGCAGCCGAAAGGUUGUGAUCGCUACCAACAUCGCCGAAACGUCACUCACGAUCGACGGUAUCUACUAUGUUGUCGAUCCUGGAUUCGUUAAACAGAAGGUGUACAACUCAAAGACUGGCAUGGACUCACUGGUCGUUACACCCAUCUCGCAAGCGGCCGCCAAGCAACGUGCAGGUCGUGCAGGACGAACAGGGCCCGGUAAGGCGUACCGGUUGUACACGGAGCGUGCAUACCGGGACGAGAUGCUGCCAACACCCGUACCGGAGAUACAGCGUACGAAUCUGGCCACCACCGUACUCCAACUGAAAACGAUGGGUAUCAACGAUUUGCUGCACUUUGAUUUUAUGGACGCACCACCGGUCGAAUCACUGGUGAUGGCACUCGAGCAGCUACACUCCCUGUCGGCACUGGACAACGAGGGGCUACUGACCCGUCUCGGUCGGCGUAUGGCCGAGUUUCCCCUCGAACCGAACCUCUCCAAGCUGCUCAUCAUGUCCGUCGCACUAUCGUGUUCCGAUGAGGUGCUGACGAUCGUUUCAAUGCUCUCCGUACAGAACGUGUUCUACCGACCGAAAGAUAAGCAAGCACUGGCCGAUCAAAAGAAAGCCAAGUUUAACCAGAUCGAAGGUGACCAUCUUACGCUACUGGCCGUGUACAAUAGCUGGAAGAACAACAAGUUCUCGAACGCUUGGUGUUACGAGAACUUUGUGCAGAUCCGUACGCUCAAGCGAGCGCAGGAUGUACGGAAGCAGCUGCUCGGAAUCAUGGACCGUCACAAGCUCGACGUUGUAUCGGCCGGAAAGAAUACGGUGCGCGUGCAGAAAGCCGUCUGUUCCGGUUUCUUCCGUAACGCAGCGAAAAAGGAUCCACAGGAGGGCUACCGGACGCUGGUUGACUCACAGGUCGUCUACAUUCAUCCAUCGAGCGCACUGUUUAAUCGGCAACCGGAAUGGGUCGUGUAUCAUGAACUGGUUCAGACGACGAAAGAGUACAUGCGCGAGGUGACGACGAUCGAUCCAAAGUGGUUGGUUGAGUUUGCGCCCGCCUUCUUCCGCUUCUCCGAUCCAACGAAGCUGAGCAAAUUCAAGAAGAACCAACGGCUGGAGCCACUGUACAACAAGUACGAAGAACCGCACGCAUGGCGUAUCAGCCGAACACGAAGACGCCGCAACUAA